GAUAAUGGCGAAGAUGGUGAGAAGAACAUGUGCGUUUUGUGCAGAAGGGGAGGCUGGCUCUGUAAUGUAUAUUGCUGAAGAGCGAGAUAUUGCAGCUCAUCAGGAUUGUCUGUUAUUUUCCUCGGGAUUUGUGGAAUCUGAAGAGUACAACCCAGAUAAUCUGGAUGUCAGGUUUGAUGUGGCAUCGGUGUUGAAGGAACUCAGGAGAGGAAAGCGGCUGGUGUGCAACUUCUGUCGCAAGAAAGGAGCCACUGUGGGAUGUGAGGAAAGGGCCUGCCGCCGAAGUUACCACUACUUUUGUGCACUCUGCGAUGAUGCAGCAAUAGAAACUGAUGAAGUAAAUGGAGUUUACCGAGUGUUCUGCCCAAAACAUGACCCAGGCAAUAGGACCAAUCACUAUGGUGCAGCCAGUAAGAGGAGAAAACAUACAUUAAAAUCCUCCACCAUCAUGGAUCAAAUGAGCACAGAAGAGACGGCAGAAGAAGACAGUUUACAAAUGCUAAAAAGAAAAAACGACAGGCAGAAAGUCCGAAUAGACUUUCUUAGGAAAUGCAAGCAAGCCGGGCUUCUAGAUGACAUAUUUGAAGAAAUGCUGGACACGCUUCACCUGGCACAGGAAAAACUGAUGGAUGACAACACUUCUGAAACAGAGUAUGAAGAGACAGUGAUGUCCCUUUUUGACUGUGGACUGUUUGAAAAUAUACUCACAAAUAUUCAUUCAGGUAUGUGAAAAAAGCUGUCUGAGCAGUAG